AUGGCUACUCCCUUUUCCCUCACGCAAGCAAUCCUCAUCUCCGAUCCCCUCGCCUACAAAUCAGCCACUCAGUCCCCGUUCCUCGCCCACGCUGCUCAAGGCCGCCUCUCCAAAAGCGUUCUUGGCCAAUGGCUCGCCAAUGACCGGCUGUAUAUUCAUGCAUACAUCCGUGGCGUGGGCCGUCUGCUGAGCUUUCUGCAGCUGCCUGAGGUGGUGAUCCCUCCUCGUGAUGAAGCUGCCGAGAGGAAAUAUUCGCCAAACGAAAAGCUGCUUCACUGGAUGAUUGACGCACUGGUCAACAUCCGUCGAGAAGAGGAUUUCUUCGUCCGCACCGCGGGCAAGUACGGCAUCGACGUGAAUCUACCUGCUGGCGCUGACGGCUGUGUUGCCGCCAGCUCCAAGCUCGAGGGCCUGCGCCGUUUCGAAGCCCUCUUCGACGGCAUCUCUCCCAACAGCGACGAGGGCGUGCUUCUUCCCUGGCUCGAAGCCGCCAUCAUCUUCUGGGCAACGGAAAAAUGCUACCUUGACGCCUGGUCCGGUGCCGCAGCCCGGCUCUCCACUCCCUCAGACAGCGAAGAAGACGCCGAUGGCGGGGCUCUCAGGCGGGAAUUCAUUCCGAACUGGAGCUCCAAGGAGUUUGCGCAGUUUGUCGACCAGCUGGGCGAGAUCAUCGACUCUGCGGUGCAGCGGGAGAUGGAGCUGCGUCGGGACGCGGACGAGGUUGUCAAGACGGUGUUGUUGGACAGAGCAUUGGCAAAGUGGCACGAGGUGUUGGCGGCGGAGAAUGCGUUUUGGCCGGCGAUGGAGGCGUGA